AGCAUUCACUGCGGUGCUGCACAGGCAGUCCAAUCAGAGUGAACCGGUGCUAAGCUGACUGGAGGAGGGCUGUGAUUUUCAGCUCGGUGCUCUCUUGCAUUUUAAACCCCCCAGUUUGUACAAAAGGGAUAACAAGGGGUUGCAAAGGAGGAGGAGGUGGAGGAUGAGAGGGCAGGGCAGCCUUUCUCAAGACAGCAGCACUCAGUUGUAACAAGGAGGGGAGGAGGAUGCAGGCAUAAAGAGGAGGAAAAGCAGCAGCCUCUCAGACACCUGCUGGGCCUUUCCCGUCUUUGGCCUUUUAUCCUCUUUGUUUUGCUGCUCUUUUCAUCCUCUCUGAUUUCCUCUAAUUUUUUGGGUGCCUUCACUGGUCUCUGGAACAAAAGCUACUUCGCCUUUUUCCCUCGGUGGUGUUGGUUUUGCCUCACAUCAGCUGAGUCAUCAUGUCUGAGCUGACGCCUCAGAGCGAAACCCCCACUCCCACCACCGACAAGAUCACCCAGGCCGCCCGGGAGACCAUUUAUCUCUGCAACUUUCGCGUGUCUGUCGAUGGCGAGUGGCUUUGCCUCCGCGAGCUCAACGACAUCUCCCUCACGCCAGACCCAGAGCCGGCCCAUGAAGAUCCCAAGGAUCCCAUUGCAAUCGAAAGGCUUAACUUGAUGAACAUGGCCAAACUGAGCAUCAAGGGCCUGAUCGAGUCAGCUCUCAACCUCGGACGCACACUUGACUCUGACUAUGCACCUCUCCAGCAGUUCUUCGUCGUGAUGGAGCACUGUCUGAAACAUGGGUUGAAAACCAAGAAGACCUUUCUGGGGCAGAACAAGUCGUUCUGGGGGGCGUUGGAGCUGGUGGAGAAGUUGACGCCUGAAGCAGGAGAGAUCACUGCCAGUGUAAAAGACCUGCCUGGCCUCAAGACUCCUCUAGGAAGAGGGCGUGCCUGGUUGCGACUGGCCUUGAUGCAGAAGAAACUCUCCGACUAUAUGAAGACCAUCAUCAACAGAAAGGACCUGCUCAGUGAAUUCUAUGAGCCGAACGCGUUGAUGAUGGAGGAGGAGGGAGCCGUCAUCGCCGGGUUGCUCGUCGGACUAAAUGUCAUUGAUGCCAAUCUGUGUAUGAAGGGAGAGGACUUGGACUCUCAGGUCGGGGUGAUUGAUUUUUCAAUGUACCUCAAAGAUGGUGGACACAGUAGUAAGAGUGCAGAGGGUGACGGUCAGAUCACAGCGAUUCUCGAUCAGAAGAAUUACGUGGAGGAGCUGAACAGACAUUUAAGUGCAUCAGUAAAUAACCUCCAGGCCAAAGUGGACGCUCUGGAAAAGUCCAACACAAAGCUAACAGAAGAGCUCGCAGUGGCAAAUAACCGGAUCAUCACUUUACAAGAAGACGUGGAGAGAGUAAAGGAGGAGAGCUCAUAUCAGCUGGAGUCCAGGAAGGCAUCAAGAAGCGACUCGGCACCAGACGGACAAGCGUUGGGUGAAACACGCAAGCAGCUCAAAGAGGAAACUUUGCUUCGAUUGGAUGUAGAGAAGGAGCUGGAAGUGCAGAUCGGGAUGAAGCAAGAGAUGGAGCUGUCCAUGAAGAUGCUAGAGAAAGACAUCUGUGAGAAGCAGGAUGCUCUGGUAGAGCUCCGGCAGCAGCUGGAAGACCUUCGCGUCAUCAACCAACAGCUGAGCCACAAGUCACAGAGUGCUGACGCCGGCUCUAAACAGAAGAGUGAAGCCAUCACUCGCCUGGAGGAGAAAAUCAACCAGAUGUCGGGGACAGUUAAACAGAUGGAGACCAGAUGCAAACAGGCCGAGAGAGAGAGGGGUCUGGCUGUGGAGGCCAACCGGCUCUUCAAACAGGAGUUUGGGGACAAAAUCGAGAGUCUGCAGGAGGAGGUGGAGCAGCUGAGGAAGCACAGGUAUAAUCUGGAGCUGGAGCUGAGGAAAGAGCGAGAGCGAAGGAAUGAGCAGCAGCAUCAUCAUCAUCAUGACGCUGCGUCAGGACUGUCCAGUACUCAUCGGAGGGAGAGGAGACUCCCAGAGAACAUACCAAAACGUGCCCCAGAAUCUCCAUCAGUCAGAAGGGACCAGAAUGACCAGUUACAAACUGGAACAGAGGAUAAAACAAGUCUGAGCUCAAGCGUGUCCUCAAGGUCACACCAUGAGGAUGAACAGGACGAGCCCUUUGUGGAGAUCAGUCAGCCUUCCAUCUGUACGAUGUGUGAACAGGACGACUCCCUCCUGAAGACAAAGAUACAGUGUAAGAACUGCAGCGGUGUUUUCUGUGAGAGCUGCGUGUCCAACGAGCUGCCGUUGCCUUCCUCCAUCCUCCCAGAGACUGUGUGUACAGCCUGCUUCUCUCUGUUACUCCAACAAUACGCCUCAACGCCAACAUGAAGCAACUAUGCAUUUUACUACAAGACACGAUGGUCAGACACACGGAAACCAACCAGAGGCAUUUAUUUUGAAAGAAUGGCACUGCAAAAAUGCACUUUUUGACUUUGUGACUCGAGACGUUAUGAAAGAUCCGAUGGGGUUCUGAACUUGCGGUAUUUUAGUUGCUUUAAGUGUCCAAACGUGUGCCACUGAGAGUGGUUUGGAUGCAGGUUUUCAUUUUUCAAAUACUGGUGUCGCCUUAAUUCUUCCUUUCUGGCUGAAGGUGCGUGUUUAGCUGCUGUCGUAUUUCUUUAGUGAAAACCUGCAUUUAAAAAGCUGUAAAAAUGGCUCCUGGAUGGAGAUCCCUGAUAUAAAAAGACAACUUGAAUCAU